AAUGUUUAACAACUUUUAUUCGUUAAUAUUUUUAUUUGUUACAUUAAGCCAUUAUUGGCAUUCCUCGCAUACUUUCGGGAUAACCCAAGGAAUGCAACAAAAUAAAAGAAUUAAUAAUAAUUUAUUUAUUCGACAAAAUGUGGAUAUUGAAAGUUGUGUUAAUUUAAAUGGAAAUAUUCAACUUUUUGAAUUGUUGGAUCGAAUGUGUGCACUUUGUGCUGAUAUGUUAUAUUUACGUUCUGCUUCUAAAGAAAAUUGCAGGUAA